AUGGUCUGUCGCACGUCGACUUCCAUUCAGGAGGACUGCACCAACAAGCCUGGAAAGGACCUUGGUUACGAAGAGAUUUGUGAUCAGAUGUGCAAGAUGAGCAAGAUUGCCUGGAAUUUGCGACAAGUUGCGUUAGGUAAGAAUACCACCACCUACAACGAACCCACUAGCGAAAUCUAG